AUGGGUCGCUACGAGUCAGGUAUAAAGUGGUUCAGAAAACGAGACUACAUAGGCACCGAAGUUGAAUUCCAAGAUCCGCCUUCUCGCUGGAGGAUUGAAGAGAAGAUCUGCGAGCAUGAGAUACCUGAAAUCAAUACAUAUCAUGAUCCGCCAUCAGAGAGGGCAAAACAGGCGAAAUCUGAAGAUGAAGAUGGCGCUGCAGUUAGAGAGGUCAUGGCUCUUCGACAUCUAACAGAUAAGGAAUGCUCAUGUACUCCAGCCCUGAUAUCUUGGAAAGUCACUCAGCAGCAAGGGGAUCGGGCAUCUGUUCCCGGAGGGUUCAUUUACCAUAUUUUGAUGGAGAAGCUUCCGGGGGUCGAUAUCGAGGUCAACUUCUACCGCCUAGAUCGGUCUCAGCGUGAUGAAAUUCGAGAGAAGUUUAAAGAAUCGUGGUUAGAGGUUACUAAAUGUGGCAUCAUCAAUGAAGAUAGUGCUAUUCGGAAUCUUCUCUGGGACAGAGACGGGAAGAAAUGUUACAUUCUAGACUUUGAGGUGUGGAGAAAAGCGAGGAUGGACACAAAGUCGAAAAGGAAACGACGCGAUAGCUGGCAUAACAUGGAAUAUGUUCGGUGGAAUCUUGCAAUACGGCGGGGAGGUGAUUUUGAGGAUAUGUCAACAUGGGUGUUAUGA